CCAUUCUCAUUGUCUGAACUUCUUUCCCUUAACAAACGAACAAACAUUCUCACACAAACGCAUACACACGCAAACCAGUUACAAGGUAAUUCAUGGUGAUGUUUCAAGAAAUGGCACUAAGGAAUGACCAAAGUGAGAGCUUAAAGGGACAAGAACACAACAAAGGAGUGAAACACUUGUGUGAAAUGGGCAUCAUAAAAGUUCCCAAAAAGUAUAUCCUCCCUACUCUUGAACGUCCCGACAACUCUAUAACAACCGAACUCCAUGACGUCACAAAUCUGAAGCUGCCCGUCAUUGACUUUGCCGAGUUGCAUGGCCCAAACCAUGAGCAACUCAUUACAUCAUUGGCUCAUGCUUGCCAGAAUUACGGGUUCUUCCAGGUUAUAAACCAUGGGAUUUCAAGUAAUGUUUUAAGCGAGAUGAUAGAUGUGGCUAGAAGAUUCUUUGAGCUCCCCUUGAAGGAGAGAGAGAAGUAUAUGUCUACAGAUGUUCAUUCUCUUGUUCGAUAUGGAACGAGUUUCAACCAGAUGAAAGAUGGCGUUUUAUGUUGGAGAGACUUUUUGAAAUUGGUUUGCACUACUGAGGCUCAUUCUCAGUGGCCUUCUUCUCCUUUGGAUUUUAGGGUAAUGGGAGUAGAGUACGCAAGAGAGACAAAAAUGUUGUUCCAAUCGCUGAUGGAAGCCAUCCUAGAAAGCCUUGGAUUCGAAGAAAAAAACACACACAACAAAACACCAAAAACCAAUCAAGAAUCUGGCAAUGACAACUACCACAACAAAAGGGAAGAGAAUUACGAUAAUAUAAAAAAAGACAUUGGAGAUGGAAGCCAACUAAUGGUGGUCAAUUGCUAUCCACCAUGCCCUGAGCCUGAGCUUACGUUUGGAAUGCCACCACACUCCGAUUAUGGAUUCCUCACCCUUCUCCUCCAAGACGAGGUUGAAGGCCUUCAGAUACUUCAUAAAGAUCAUUGGGUCACCAUUAAACCUCAUCCUCAAUCUUUUGUUGUGAACAUCGGUGAUCACCUUGAGAUACUUAGCAAUGGAAGGUACAAGAGUGUGAUGCAUAGGGUACUAGCGAAUUCCAAGAAAUCAAGAAUAUCAGUGGCAUCUUUGCAUAGUUUAGCAUUCACGGCAGUUAUCAGACCAUGGCCAAUGCUAAUCAAUGACGAAAAUCCAAAGCGAUACAAGGAUACUGAUUUUGCAGAUUUUGUUCAAUACAUUACGACUUGUGAUUCUAAACAUAAAAAUUUUCUAGAGUCAAGGAAAUUAACUGACAUUUAUACCUAAUGAAAGUCUCAACGAAAAUUAAUUAUUAAAAUAUUCAUUAUAUCGAAAAUAACACCAGAAAAUGAUGAUAGUGAGAUGUAAAUGUUGUUUAAGAGAAACAGUUAUGAACUUAUGAUUUCUAAGAGCUUCUGUGUGUUUGUAAAUGUGACAACCCAAGUUGUCCCGUUACAUUUCCCCGUUA